GGCGCCGCGCGCAUAUUGAUGCGGGGGCCCGGCCGCGCUCGCCAAGGAGCAGAAGGAAGCAAGAUGGCGGCGCUGUAGGAGCGGGGAGCGCGGCGCCCGGGCUGUGCGUGCUGGAUGUCGGCGAGGCUGAGGGACGCGGCAGAGAUACGUUCAGAGGGUAGCCUUGUGGAUGGCCUCAGAGCAGGCCAGAUGGAACAGGACAGAACCAACCAUGCUGACGGCAAUAGAUUGAGUCCAUUUCUAAUACCACAGUCUUCUCACGUUUGCCAGGCAGAGCCUGCUGCAGUGAAGCUGCAGAAUGGGAGUCCAGCAACAGAGAGGUCUGAAGUGGAAAUAAAUGGAGACCACAAGCCACUGUUCAAUAAAAGCAACUUUGGAGUGCCCCACCUGAAGGGAAGUCCAAACAAUCGUGUUAGCCCAGACCUUUUACAAGAAAAGAAAGUAUAUUCCAAAUAUAUGCAAAAUGGUGGGAUCAAACGCACUUUUAGUGAGCCCUCUCUGUACGGACUUCAUGAGAGCAAGAAAGUGAAACAAGACAACGAAGUAAAUGGAGAAAGAGCUGAGCCAGAGGACAAUAGUGAAAAACCAAGUGUCUCCAAUUGUUCCAGUGAGAAGAAAUGUGAGAGUUAUAAAAGACAAGAAAAUGAAGCCUCAGAUUUGAUACCAUCUACAAGAUACAACAGCGUUGGUUCAGAAAACCCUCAUGACCUUCUGAUUCAGGAUGAGCAGGAGCAGGAAAAUAUUCAUUGCCAUAACAGGGACAUUGUCUUACUACUUAAGAACAAGGCAGUGCCAAUGCCUAAUGGUGCUACAGUUUCUGCCUCUUCCAUGGAAAGCAUGCAUGGUGAACUCCUGGAGAAAACACUGUCUCAAUAUUAUCCAGAACAUGUUUCCAUAGCAAUGCAGAAGAACACAUCUCAUAUCAAUGCCAUUACCAGUCAGGCUACUAAUGAGUUGUCCUAUGAGACAACACAUUCAUCCCAUACCUCAGGGCAGAUCACUUCCCCACAGACCUCAAACUCUGAGCUGCCUCAAGUGCCAGCUGUAGUGGUUACUGAGGUCUACAACACAAAAGACUCCAGUAAACCACCUGCAUUGCCAGGUAGCUGUUCACUUCAGAAAACAGAUCUACAACUACAGCAACAGAUUCCAGGCUAUGAUCCUCACCAGUUACCUGUAGGAAACAGUAAUAUUCAUGGAAGCAUAGGGCAGAUUCCCAACCAAGACCUCUCUCUAAGUUCCAGCAGUAACCUGCAAGCUCAGAGCACUGUUCUGGAAAGGUACUCUGAGCAAGCAGAAAAUAAUGGUGCUUUCUUUACACAGAACUCAAUGUUUCACAAAGAUUCCUCCACUGCUCCUGCUCCAGAAAUGAACAGUGCACUGUCUGCCGCGGUGCGAGAAGGACACCACUCCUAUGACAACAGAUGUGAUGAAACUCUUCCUGGGGAGAUAAAAAAUGAAGGGCAACAGGAGGGACCAAUGUCAGAAAGUCCCAGCCUCAGCCAACAACAACUUCAACCUCAGCAGAGCCUUCUGCAACAGGCACAAAUGUCACAAGAUGUCAGUGAAAGCAACCCACAAGCUGCUGUGGCCGCCUCGAUUCCGCAGCGCCCCGAAGGAGUGACGCUGGCGUCAGAAUCUCCCCUCCAAAACCUGCACGCACACAGAAGUGAGGGUGAGUUGCAACAACACUAUCAGCAUUUCCCAGGACAGAGAGAACCUGAGACUCCUCCUGACAAAGAAAAGGACCAAGUGAAAGAGCCUGUACAACAGGCUCAACAUUAUUCAAAACCAGCCUGGAUAGAACUGGUUUCCACCCAGUUCCGCCAGGGAGAGCCUCCCCAGAAGCCCAGCGAAGCAUUAUUGCGGUCAAUUCUUCAGUACCAGGCAAGCACAGCCCAAACAGUUUAUACAAAACAGUAUGCUGGAAGUCCUGAUUCAUUAAAAGGGCCUUCAGGACAGGCCCAGAGCCAGAAGAUAAUGCAACAGGAACAAUUUCCUCCACUGUACAAAAACGAGAGCUCCCAGCUGCAGCCGCAUCCCCCAGCUGACCAGCAGCUGCCGUUCCAGAAACACUCACCGCAGCCACAGCUCACGAAAGUGGAUGCCCUUCUCAAGUCUCAAGUGCAGCAACACCCUCCACAGCAGCUCCAUUUCCAGCCAAGAUCAGAACAAGCUGAACAGCCUUUAGGGGCCCCCUUGAAACAGCAGCACUUGAAUCCCCAGCCAGGGGAAAACGGGCAAUUCCUGCAUUCACACAUCUUGCAACAGAUGCUGCAGAAACAGGCAAAUCCAGUGCAACUGCCAUGCAGUCCACAGCUAACCCCAAACCAGCAGCAGGCUCCACCAAUGAAAACUAAAGACCUGCCCCAAGCCGUAUCCCACCCUCAAAGCAAUGCUGAGCAGCCUCUAGACAGGACAUCCUUCAAUCAACUUAAAGCAGACGAAUGUUUCCAAACUGGGAGUAAGUACACUAAAUCAGCUGCAUUCCCACUGCCUAACCCUCAGCUAGGCCUAGAGCAGGUACAGACCAUGAACAACAAAGCUCCCCUUUACACUCAGAAGGCAAAUGCCAGUCUCCAGCACCCUUGCCCAAACAACAGACACCUGAUUUCUGAGAAGAAAGGGAACGCCGCAAAUAUGGAACGCCUUGGAGCCAACAAAAUGCAGGACUUGCAGCAUGUGCAGUAUUUUUCAAAUAACUUGACCGCAAAGCAAGAUAUGAAUCAUUGUUUUCAAGAACAAGAGCAACAGACACAACAAGCCUCAGUUCUGCAGUUGCCACCCCUCCAGCCCUCACAGGACUAUGGUGCUAGUCUGAACCAAGACCUCCCGAGCAAACAAGCUCCACAGCUCCCUCAGCAGUACUUACCACAUGGCCAAAGUGCCCCCCACACCCAAGACCAGAGAGGCUGUCAUUUGCAGUCCCAGACCCCUAAGGAUUUUCAAAAGCAUGCUGCUCUGCGGUGGCAUCUUUUGCAAAAACAGGAGCAACAAGCAUACCAGCAACCCAAAACUGAGAUUGGUCCCAGUGCAGCACGCAAGCCUAUAAAAAUUGAGGCUGGCGCAAAGUCUAAUGUCUGCAUGCGCCCAUCAGCUGGACAGCUGGAAAACAAAAUGUGGAAAAAAACAAUUAAACAAGAGAAUCAGCACUUUGGCUGUGAGAACAUGCAACAAAAGAGCAUCAUUGAGACCAUGGAGCAGCAGCUAAAACAGAUACAGGUCAAAUCACUGUUUGAUCAUAAGACUUUUACUCUCAAAUCACCCAAACAUGUGAAGGUUGAAACAGCAGGCCCUAUUACCAUCCUAUCUCGAAAUACCAGUGCUGCAGAUUUUGACACUCAAACCCCAAUCUUAGAUCAGCAAGCACACUUGUCUGCUGAGAAAACCCCGACCAAAAGAACAGCUGGAACUGUUCUCAAUAAUUUUUUAGACUCACCUUCCAAGUUAUUGGAUACGCCUGUAAAAAAUUUAUUGGACACACCUGCCAAAACCCAGUAUGAUUUCCCAUCUUGCAGCUGUGUUGAGCAAAUUAUUGAAAAAGAUGAAGGUCCCUUCUAUACCCAUCUAGGAGCCGGUCCUAAUGUGGCAGCUAUUAGAGAAAUCAUGGAAGAAAGAUUUGGACAGAAGGGUAAAGCUAUAAGGAUUGAGAGGGUUGUCUACACUGGGAAAGAAGGCAAAAGUUCUCAAGGAUGUCCAAUUGCUAAAUGGGUAGUCCGCAGAAGCAGUCAGGAGGAGAAGCUGCUCUGCUUGGUGCGCGAGCGAGCGGGACACACGUGUGAGACGGCCGUCAUCGUGAUUCUCAUCCUGGUCUGGGAGGGAAUCCCAACCAGCCUGGCCGACAAGCUCUACUCGGAACUCACCGACACCCUGAGGAAGUACGGCACGCUCACCAACCGGCGCUGCGCCCUGAACGAAGAACGGACUUGUGCAUGCCAAGGGCUGGACCCUGAAACUUGUGGUGCUUCAUUUUCCUUUGGUUGCUCCUGGAGCAUGUACUACAAUGGUUGUAAGUUUGCCAGAAGCAAGAUUCCAAGAAAGUUUAAGCUGAUGGGGGAUGACCCAAAAGAGGAAGAAAAACUAGAAUCCCAUUUGCAGAACCUGUCAACCCUGAUGGCACCUACCUACAAGAAGCUUGCACCCGAUGCAUAUAACAACCAGAUCGAGUACGAGCACAGAGCCCCCGAGUGCCGCCUGGGUUUGAAGGAAGGUCGCCCGUUCUCAGGGGUCACUGCCUGCCUCGACUUCUGUGCUCAUGCUCACAGAGACUUGCACAAUAUGCAAAACGGGAGUACUCUGGUUUGCACACUGACUAGAGAAGACAAUCGUGAAAUUGGCCAAACACCAGAAGAUGAGCAGCUCCAUGUGCUCCCAUUAUACAAAGUCUCUGAUGUGGAUGAGUUUGGAAGCACUGAGGGCCAGGAGGAGAAGAAGAGGAAUGGCAGCAUCCAGGUCCUUACCUCCUUUCGACGGAAAGUACGGAUGUUAGCAGAGCCCGUUAAGACCUGUCGGCAAAGGAAGCUGGAAGCAAAGAAAGCAGCUGCAGAAAAGCUUUCCUCCUUGGAGAAUGGGUCUAGCAAAGCUGAGAGAGAGAAGUCUGCUGCAGCACGCAACAAGCAAGGCACCUCUGAAGCAGCAAGCCACGCAAAGCAGCUGGCAGAUCUUUUACGUCUUUCAGGACCAGCCACACAACAACAGCAGCAGCAGCAGCAGCAACAUCCACAGCGCUCUCUCCCUAACAACCCUCAAUCAAAUCCCAUUAACUCUUACUCGGGUUCAGGUUCUGCAAAUCUCUAUGGAAGGUUGCCUAAUCCAGCCAAUGCUUAUCCAAACUCUUUGUACACUUCAGAUCCAUAUGGAGGGUCCAAUCCCGUGAACCUCUAUCCAACCUCAUCACAGUCUGCGGGGUCUUAUUUGAAUUCUUCCAGUCCCAUGAACCCUUAUUCAGGACCUUUAAGUCAAAAUAACCAAUAUCCCCCCUACCAAUGCAAUGGAAACAUAGCAAUGGACAACUGCCCCUCUUACUUGGGCUCCUACUCUUCCCAGCAUCAGCACAUGGACCUGUAUAAUUGCCAGAGCCAAGACCAUAUAUCAAAACUAAGUCUACCACCCAUUCAAACAUUAUACCAGCAUAGGUUUGGGAAUAACCAGAGUUUUGGUCCCAAGUACUUGAAUUAUGGAAACCAAAAUAUGCAGGUAGACUCCUUCAGUAAUUGCACCGUUAGACCAAAUUUACACCACGUAGGGUCAUUUUCCUCUUACUCAACCCAUGAGGCCAAUGGCCAUUUUAUGGAGGUUGCCUCAAGGUUAAAAUCUAAUCUGAAUAAUCCAAGCAUGGAUUAUGCCUCCAUGAGUAAAACAGGUGAACAUCAUCACACGCAACCCCCUCCACAUUUAUCACAUGACUACCAUCCUGCUCCAAGUAUGUUUAGUGGUCCUCCUAAUUCACUGCAUCUCCAAAAUAAGGAUAAUGAAAUUAUUUCGCAUGCAGUUAAUGGUUUGUCUAACAUGCUUCCAGGUCAAAACCAUGACAGGACUGCUCCCCAGGGUGGUUUAGAUAAAACUGACGUGCUGAAUCCAGAAAAAGCAGAGGAUCCCGAUGAAGUCUGGUCAGAUAGUGAGCAGAACUUUCUGGAUCCAGAAAUUGGAGGAGUGGCAGUUGCUCCAUCUCAUGGGUCAAUUCUCAUAGAGUGUGCAAAACGCGAGCUCCACGCAACGACUCCCUUAAAAAAUCCCAACAGGAACCAUCCCACCAGAAUAUCCCUUGUAUUUUACCAGCACAAGAGCAUGAACGAGCCAAAACAUGGUCUGGCUCUGUGGGAGGCAAAGAUGGCUGAGAAGGCAAGAGAGAAAGAAGAGGAAUGCGAGAAGUACGGCCCAGACUACGUGCCUCAGAAAUCCUACGGCAAAAAAGCCAAGCGGGAGCCGGUGGAGCCCCACGAGCCCUCUGAGCCAACGUACCUGCGCUUCAUCAAGUCCCUGGCACAAAGGACACUGUCGGUCACCACGGACUCCACCGUCACCACAUCUCCAUAUGCCUUUACACGGGUUACAGGGCCUUACAACCGAUAUAUCUGACUUCACACCUUGCUUGGUUACCUCAUUUGAAAAAACACCUUGUCAUCACUAGGGCAGUAGUGCUUUAGGGUUCGCGGAAGGCAAGGGUGGAGAAGAAAACAGUGUUUUUAUGGAGCUCAUCAGUGGAAAAAGCCUCGGCACACCAGCAAAAAAGAGGUAAAUCUCACUAGAGCACUCGUUUUCCACUGAUUUAAGUGGUCACAGAUGGCACGUAGGAAACAGACCAAAGCAUCCUAUGCAAAAAAAAUUCGAAAAAUGGAAGAAGAAAAUAAAAGGAAAGAAAAAAAGAGAGAACGCAACAAAAAAGGGUUUCACAAUUUAUAUUGGAAAACACUGGCUCUAUUACUGAAAGAGAUAAUCUGCAAAUGGAUUUUUUUUUUUUUCUUACAGUUUUCACAUCUGUGGCCACUUUUAAUGUCAUCAAGUUUGCAUAGUCAUGGAACAGGAGCAAAAACAACCCUAAAAAAUAAUACUGUAGUAUUGCAACUGCAGGAAUCUUAAAAUAACAUCUGGUGCUGAAUCUAUGAUGUACUGAAAUACUGGAAUUAUGGCUUUUUAACAUUCAGUUUUUACUGUAAUCUUAAUAGUAUUUUGAUUUUAUUUAACAAAGUAGAUAAGACAAAUAGACAGCAAAACACUGAAUUUGUUUGAAUAUUCUAAAACCAUGGUGCUAUCCAAGAGAAUGGUGUCUUUAUUUUAUCAGUGAAACAGUUAAUGCCUUUAUAACAAAAUGUCAAUGAUGUAGUCAAAUGUUCCUCAGCAACAGGGAGGACCUUUUCAUUCAUGUAUGUAUUGAAGUUACCUGGUGUUAAAAUAAGCUUACUUUUUAACAUAUGGGAAUUACAAAGACCUCUGGAUUUUGCUCAUCCAGUCAAGUCCUAGAAAAGGACAAUAAAAAUAGAGAGAAAAAUAUUUUUUUUAAAAUAGUGUUUCAAAAGCACUUUGUCUACCUAAGCUUGGCAACUUGAACAAUGCUAAGGUACUAAGACAUUAAAAAAAAAAAAAAAAAAAAAAAAGAAGAGUUUACUUUGAUUUUAAAAUGCAAAGAUAAUUUUUUUAAACUAAAAAAGCUUUUAAAUACUUUUGGUUUAGCCAUGCAUCAGCUAGUGGGCUACAUAUCCAUUUUUAAUACAGUCAGUUAUGGUAAAAAUGGGGCUUACUGGAUAUAAGGGAAUACUUUAGUACACAAAACACAUUUUUUUCUGGUGCUCAUCUCACACAGCUAUACUGUAAACUGUUUUCUACAAUUAUUAUGACAAGUUCAUUGCUCAAAUAUGUACAGUUUUAAUUAAAGAAUUUUAUAUUAACCACAGGUAAUAAUUAGCAGCAUGCAACAGACUACACCUAGUUAGCUUGGGCUUCUGCUGUUUCUAGAGAUCUGUGCACUCCCACUAUGGAAUGGCAGAACUGCUUUUGUGUUGAUAAUUAUGUACAUUGUGGUGCAAGUCAUUUCUCGGUGCAAGUGGCCUCUUUUCCAGAAAGACUGAGCAGACCGAUGCCUACACAAGAUGACUGAAACAGGGUUAGUUCUGUGCGAUUCCGUUGAUUCAUAGAAAAAAAAAAUAGGCAGCUGGCUUGCUGUGGUGGUUUUAAAUCAUUAAUUUCUAUUAAAAAAUUAAAAAGCAGGAGAGUUGUAUAGUAAAUUAAAUUGUAAACAAAACUUUUUUUAACGCAAUGCUUUAGUAUUUUAGUACUGUAAAAAUAUUAAAUCUAUAUAUAUUUGGGUUUU